AUGUCAAACAAACGGGCGAAUGAAGUCUGACACGUCAGAUGCUCUUGUUCGCCUACGUCAUUUUUCGAAAGAUGUAGUGCCUUUGAGUAGAUUUGACUUAGCACGUAGCAUUCGGCUUAUUUGGAAAGCGAGACUAGUAUAGCACCGUUGAUGUUUCAUAGAAGGACAUCAUCGAACAUCUUCACCUCUGAAUUUUCUAAGUCUUUUGCUACAAAUAACUAGAUCAAUUCAUUACCUCCAUCUUCUCUAUCUUAUCCAAUCAACGAGAAUAAAUAUCGACGUCAAAAGCAUCAAAAUGUCGUCUUCCAGCUCCACGUCGUUCUUUUUCGAUCCUGCUACGGCCAGUGAUGGACAGCUAUUUUUCCUCACUGCUGUCUACGGCUACGUUCUUUAUCAAGCCAGUGAGUUGAUCUCGAGCGGGAGUGAGCUUCUACUUCUCGUUCCUAGCUUAGCUGGCGUCGUCGGAACCGUCGUUUUGCCGGUCUUAGCUGCUGUGCCAGAUGGGUUGAUGAUUCUAUUCAGUGGACUAGUUUCUACAGAUAAUCGUAGUGGCGAUGAUCAUGCUGGUUUGUCAUCAUCAUCAAGUCGCUCAUCACGUACACGUGCAGACCAAACUCUCGAUGUUGGCGUUGGGACAUUAGCUGGCUCUACCAUAAUGCUCCUAACGAUUCCAUGGUUUCUGUCGAUCUUGGGUGGCCGCGUGCCGCUCUCUCAUUGCGCUAGGACUGGGGAACUGGGGAGGAAAGAUGAAAAUUAUACGAGCCAUGCGAAUGCAGCUCGUCUAGCGGAGCAUCAAAUUAAGGCUGUACCUAAUACAUCUUUGGACGUAUCCUUGGAACUACGUAUGGAGGAGUAUCCGGAGCGAAUGCUCCCCCAUACUUUUCAAGGAUGCACUUGAAAGAUGAAUUACGGACAGCGCUAAUCAAAGUACUAAAAAAACUAUUAAAGUUGAUGGCGCAGAUCAAGUUUUUAAAGAACAAGCCCGAGGCGGAGUCCGGACCGACGUUGAAGAUGUUGACAAAAUAAACGGGGACAACGAGCAGGAUCAUGACAUCAAAGAGGACGCAACUGCGACGAGGCUAAAAGAGGAUGAGCAUCCACAAGUUGAAUUAACACCUAGUAAACGAAGCUGUAAUAGUAAUCCGGUGGGGUCUGCUCUCAACGGUGCCGAGCAGACGCAAGAGGGUGAAGUGGGAGUCUUUUGGCCUCGAUCAGCAGUGGACAAGAUGCCUUCAAAUACCAAGUCUACUUCAUCAACACUAUCGGUGCCUCUCCUAGACAAGCUUCCAGCUGCGUAUGGCGAAGAGCAGCAAUCACAGACUACAUUGCUUCCUUGGAGGUCAUCUACUUCAGUCUUGC